AUGCGUGCCUUCGCUCUCUCUGCCGCUCUCCUGAGCGGGUUCCUAACCUGCUCGUCUGCACUCUCUGACCUGGAUGCAUCAGUCUGGAAGAAUAUCGAGUCCAAGGUGGACUCUAGGACCAUCAAACGGCUCUCGAACCGUCCCGUCAAGCGCCAGUCUGGAUGGAGCCCGCCAUCCGAACUCUCGACACCUCUCACUGAGGUCUGGAGUCACUAUGAAUCCACCUACAGUGGUGGCCCAUUCGCCGAGACCAACUGGGGAUGGCACCAGAUCAUGAAGAACAAGGGUUCUCUCAGCAUUUGCGUGCGCUGGGACUCGACUGCAAGCGUCACCGAGGCGCAGAGAACCCAGACUGCAACCAAGUAUGCCGAGCAAUACGAGAAAUGGUUCAAAUGGCUGUAUGGAUUCGACGGAUUCCCUUACUCCGCCAUCGACGUCAAGAUUGUCGGAUGGGCCGUCAAGGACAAGAGCCUCCUUCAGGGAUCCACGGAUGGCAUCACUGUGUACACUGACUUGGAUUCCGACGGAGUCCCGAUGUGCACUGAAGGCCAAUUCGACCACUCGCUUUGGCUCACCGACGGACUCGAGGGAGGCUUCGGCUAUACCUGGGGUCAGCAGGUCGGCCGUGAAUACUUCAUGAACAACAUUGAGUCCGAAAACAUCCACAUUCUUCUGCACGAGAUGCUUACUGACUACUUCUUAGACUGGACCCCAACUGGCGUUACCAACUUCAUCAUGCUCGCUGGAUCUGCUAUGGAGAUAACCGACUUUGACGGCUGGAUGUUCCGCAACUGGUGGUAUGAACUCGCUCAGAAGAACAACUGGUCCAGCGGAAGCUCCGACUCGACCGGCUCUCCCUCUUCAGCCAGCUCCGCGGUUGCGACCACGCCUGCAGCUACUGCUCCCGCCGCGACCGCGCCCGCCACGACUGCUGCUCCUUAUCCCACUACCACCCCCGGCGGCUCGCCCGCCUCUACCGUUAGGACCAAGACCCGGACCAGAACCAGGAACUCGAGCGGAACUGUCGAGACACCCACUCAGGCUACACCAGUUGUCCCGGCACCUUCCCAGGGAGGCUUCCAGGGCGGCAUGGCAGCAAAGAAAUGGGGACAAUGCGGCGGAAUUGGUCAUUCGGGAACGACCGAAUGUGACGAAGGAUUGGAGUGCGUUCAGCAGAAUGAGUACUACUUCCAGUGUCUGUAA